UUUGUACAGAUUUGCGUCUCGGGAUCGGUUGUACUUCCGGGGUCCGUGUCCCAGCGGUUCCCGGGCGGGAGAGAGGAGAUGGUCUCCAGAGCCGCUGAUCGGCUGCUGGUCGUCGUCUCGGUCCUGGAAGGGCGCUAUUUUCCAAAACGACCCAAGUGUAUGCUCAUAGUUGAAGCAAAGUUUGAUGGUGAACAGUUGGCUACUGAUCCCAUAGAGCACACUGAUCAGCCAGAAUUUGCUACAGAGCUGGCUUGGGAACUUGAUAGGAAAGCACUUCAUCAGCACAGGCUGCAGCGCACACCUAUCAAACUCCAGUGUUUUGCUUUGGAUCCUGUGUCUUCAGUUAAAGAGAAUAUAGGUUAUAUUGUACUUGAUUUAAGAGCUGUGCAGGAGAAAAAACAGGCACCAAAGUGGUAUCCUCUUCUUAGUAACAAGUACACAAAAUUUAAAUCCGAAAUACAAGUAGGUGUUGUUUUGGAGACUGAUUCAAAAGCACUGGUUGGUGGUUUUAAAGCAAAGGAUACACCUGCUAGAGGGAAGGCAUCUGUCCUUCUUUCUGGAAUAGACCCUAAAAGUAUUGUGCCAGUCUUGAAUGAAGAAGAGGGUUGUCAUCAAAUUGGACCACCGGAGCAUUGCAGAGACUACUUUGUCAUGUCUGUAACCAUUGCAUUUGCCACACAGUUAGAACAGCUAGUUCCUAGUACUAUGAAGCUUCCUGUACAAAGGCCUGAGUUUUUUUUCUACUACUCAUUACUUGGAAAUGAUGUCACAAAUGAACCUUUCACUGAUUUAAUUCAUCCAAACUUCGAGCCAGAAAGAGCUUCAGUUCGAAUACGUAGUACGGCUGAUGUCCUUAAAAUGUAUCUUUGUGGACAGUCAAAGUUGCAGAUCCAUCUUUGCUGUGGGGACCAGUCUCUUGGAAGCACUGAAAUACCCUUGUCUUUACUUCUGAAGAAAGGAAAUGUGGAGAUUGAUCAUCACCCUUUGGCAAUAGAAGGAGCAUUUGCCCUUGUUCCACCAAAUAGGACUAAGCAGAAACUACCACAGCUGCCUUUGGAUAUGACUCCUACUGUUGGGGUAUCUGUAACUCUACAAAAGGAGAGCUUGAGUACCCAGCCUUUUAUUCCCACAAAUGCUCCAACUGAAACUAAACAGCUACAGGAGAAUGUUCUUUCACUUUCUAAUGGAAAAACAGAAGCCCUGAAACAGAAAUCACAGAAUGCUCUAACUCAAGCUGACCACUCAUCUGUAGCAGAAAAUGAAGCAACAGAAAGUGAAGUGGAGAGUCUUAAGUCUGAAGAAGGCACAAAACCAAAGAAAAAGGGGCUCAUGACUGAGUCUUGCCAAGACAUUAACAAGCAGUUUACUGAAGGGCUUCCAGUUUUCAAGUCUCAGACAAGAGCAAAGUCACCUCUAUUGCCAGCUGAUAAUGAUCCAGUAGCAGCAUCAAAACCCAUCUCUGUGGGUGCAUUCAGUUGUUCUGAGCCAGUGUCAGCACAGAAAAUUGUCAUUCCAGCAUCCUCUCACCAUUUUUGCUUUUCAAUAGACUUGCAAAGUAUACGUGGUCUGGAAGUUGGUUUUCCAGUAAACUGUAUUUUAAGGUACUCGUAUCCAUUCUUUGGCAGUGCAGCCCCUAUCAUGACAAGCCCUCCUGUAGAAGUCAGAAAGAAUAUGGAAGUCUUUCUUCCACAGUCCUAUUGUGCAUUUGACUUUGCAACUAUACCUCGUCAGCUUCAAGAUACAUUUUGCAGAUUACCUUUACUGGUUGAACUGUGGCAUAAGGAUAAAACAGCUAAAGACUUACUUCUAGGAGUAGCAAGACUGCAGCUUUCAAAUGUUCUGGCUUCAGAAAAAAUGCGUUUCUUGGGUGGUAGUGGUGAACAAUGCUGGCGUCAGACUUGUAGUGAAACAGUCAGUGUCACAGCAGCACAAGGGUCAGGCAACAAAAUAGCAGAGCUUUCAUAUACUAUCACUUUGGAAGACUACGGGCUUGUGAAAAUACAAGAAGUUCUGGUGUCGGAUUCUUCUCAAUGUGUAGGUGCUGAUCAACAACGGCACGUUGCUCAUGCUCAAUCUCAUUGUGCCUCUGAAAACCAUCCACAACCUCGAGAAACUCUUGAAUACAAAGCAGCACUGGAGUUAGAAAUGUGGAAGGAAAUGCAAGAGGACAUUUUUGAAAAUCAGCUUAAAGAGAAGGAAAUGGCCCAUAUGCGAGCACUUGCAGAGGAAUGGAAGAAAAGAGACAAAGAGAGAGAAGCAUUAGUGAAGAAGAAGGUAGCAGAAUAUACUGUUUUGGAAGAACAACUUCAGAAAACCCUGAGAGAUCUAGAUAAGCGAGAACGACAGCUUUUUAUCGCUGAGUCAGAGCUUCAAAGAGUAAAGAAGGAGUUGCAAGCAGAGCAUGAACGAAGUCUGCAGGAGCUACAACUUUCUGUACGACGAGCCAGAGAAGAAUGUUCACAUCACAUUGAGCUAGAAAGGUCAAAAAUCAAACAAGUGGAAGAGGACAAGCUUCGCUUACAGCAGCAGCUUUAUGAGGCAGAAAAUAAACAUAAAAUUUUGGAGAAGGAGUUCCAGGAGUACAAAGAACAACAAAGCAACAAACCAGAAAUUCAGCUACAAUCUGAAAUAAAUCUUCUCACUUUAGAAAAGGUUGAACUUGAAAGAAAGUUAGAGUCAGCUACCAAGUCAAAGCUUCACUACAAACAACAAUGGACAAGAGCUUUGAAAGAACUUGCAAGGUUAAAACAGCGUGAACAAGAAAAUGCGAUGGCUCACCUUAAAAAGCAGCAACAAGAGCUGGAGCACAUGAGGUUGCGCUAUUUGGCAGCAGAAGAAAAAGAGCUGGGGAAAACAGGCCGACAAGAGCUGGAGGAUAUCAGAAAUGAACUUAACAGGCUAAAGCAACAAGAAGAAGAGAGAAAGCAGCUGCAAAAUGAUAGAGAUAAUUCUGCUGGUAGAGUGGACAGUCUUCAUUCUAAAAAAUUAAAUGAGGGCAUAGAUGAUUAUCUCUCUCGUCUGAUAGAAGAGAGGGAUAUCCUGUUGAGAACAGGAGUAUAUAAUCAUGAAGACCAUAUUGUAAGUGAACUUGAUCGCCAAAUCAGAGAAGCUAUUGCAAAAAGGAACAUCACUGAGUAAAAGCACACAAACUUACGAAAAAGAGCCAAAUUUGGGCAGAAUGAGUGACUUCUAUAAACUUGUACUACUUUGCAAAAUAUGCAAGGUCAUGCUAAUUUUGCACGCUUUUCCACCUGUCUUUGAAGUGUAUUUGCAGUGUGUUAAGUGUGGUUUGAAGUUUUGUGGGGAUAAUGACUACUUUUUAAUGGUUUUAUACUUACAUGUGUGUAAAUAUAUUUAUCUUGUGUACUUUUUUUAAUACGUUUUCUACCUCUAACUAGGUUUAUUUGUAAUAUUUUUAAUAUUCAGAGUUACCUGGUCAAUACUGUCAUAAUUUCUUGCCACUUUUAGAAAGGAUCUCAUUAGAUAGACUAGGGAAGAUUGGCAUUAGCUGUGUUUCCUGACAAAGCUCUUAGCUCUGAAUCAAAGUGCAGCACAGAUCAAAUGCCACUUUUUUAGUAUAUCACAAAGUAAUUAUUUUGUGCUUCUAACUGUAGUUUACAUAACUAAACUCUAUAGUAAAUGAGAGGAAGAAACUCUCAAACCUUAAAAACUGAAGUUGAAUCAAUUAUUAAACUAACCUGUUGUCCAGGAUAAAAAUCUCUUCAUUACCUAGAAGUUUUGCACAUAAGCCUGUAAGGGUGAACUCUGGAGAGCAAAUAGCUAGUUCAGACAUCUACAUGCAUUCUCCUAUCAAUCCCUAAUGAGGAGAGAUACUUGAAGCAUUAAUUGAAUGAAUUUAUACACCUCAAAUUCUGAGCACAUACAUAAAAUUAGAGCUUUUCUAAGUAAAGACGCUUUAAUCAAGGCCUAACACUGUGCAGUUACUUAACAUAUUUCAUAGCAUGCUAUAUCAUUACCUACUUAAAUUGCAUGUAUGGUUUUCUUUGAUUGGGGAAGUAUGAGCAUGGCAGUUUCAAAAUCUUAACUGUUAGAAGAUAAAUUCACAAAAAAAGUUAGUUUCAUAGCUGAAAAUUGUGUUGGUUUCCAGCCUUCAUUCUGUUUCAGUGAGUUUAAAGUUAUUUGUGUGGAUGUAGCUAAUGCUUCUUUCUGUUCUUUCACUAGGGUUCUUUUGUCUGUCCUGUAAGCACAAAUGUUUGUUUGAGUGUCAAGUACUGAAAUCAUCUUAGGAUUUGUUUCUUGUAGGAUAAACAAGGAUAGCAGUGCAAAAGUUCUCCUUUUAUUUUAAUUUAUUUUUUAUUUUAUGUAAAAAUCAGUGAACUGAUGGACAUAGCUAUAUACAUGUAGGCUUUGUAGGGUUUUUUGUUUUAUUGUAUCUGGCUUUGCCUUUAGGUGCAUUAGUUUUCCUCCUUCCUUUCAUGGCCAUAUCCCUUGUUAAAUAAACUUUAAUUUCGGCUCUUUAAAGUUUUUAAACAAGCUGUGUAAACAGAGGUCAUAUUAUGAGAGGAAUUAUCACUUUGUAAGAACAGACUUUGUAAGAAAUGUUGUUUUAAUACUUGCACACUUGGUUGUAUUUUUCCUCUGCUUAAGAUGACUGCUAAAGCAAAUAACACUUUCGUAAGUCCCAUACGAACCCAUUAAAAGUACCUCUACAGUAUUUUUACAUGAUAGCUUUGUCAUAUAACUGCUGCAUGAUCAUCUGCAAUUAUUGUGAAUGGACCAGAGAGCUCCUAUUUUGACAAGAAGUCUGGCCACGGUGGUUUUCUUGAAAUGCUUGCUAGACGUGUAGUUUCUUCUUCAAACGCUGGAGGGUGCCUUAGACUUAAAGAUCACGAAGAUUGUGUUAACAGAAUCUUCCCAACUGGCGACUUUUUUGAACCGGUAUUCUUUCACUUCAGGUGUGCUACUUUCUUUAAUAAAAAAAUCAAAUUUUAAGUAAA